AUGGCUUCAGCAAAGGUGGACUUGGCAGUCGCAAUACCUACCUUCAUCGGAUCUGUCUUGUCCGCCCUUUUUACGUUUGCCGUCCUAAUUUUGCAUUUUAUUUCUCCUCCGAGACGCCGGCAUGUCCGCCAUGCGCUCAUUGUUAAUCUUCUACUAUCCGACUUUGUCGACAUGGUGAACAAUACUGUAACUGGUAUCAUAUUACUGAGGGAUGGCCCUCUUGACCAAGCACUUCCUGCCGGAGGAUGUACCAUGAAUGCAAUCAUCUGCUGCAAGAUUCUUCACUACGACGAAUCCUUGUUAAAAUUGCGCAUUUUGACGCUCGAACUAGGCUUCACUGCCCUUGGAUUGCAUAUAUAUGGCCCAGUGGGUGGGAAUUGGUGCUGGAUUCAGAAGAAGUAUCCCGUUUACCGUUGGGCAUUGUCCUUUGGGUGGCGCCUCUUGAUAUUCUUCUUGACAGUCGGCAUCUAUACAGCCAUUUACAUCAAACUGAAACGAUUAUUCGGCCGCUUCCGUUUUUCGGAAAAUUCUAUCGAAGCUAUCACCACAGGCAGGAGCCGCCGCACACAAACUGUACCGUCCAACGAAGAUCAGAAGCCUCCCACGGAGCAGUAUAUCAUGAAAACGACGUCGUUCACCGUUUCACACGACCAGGAGGACAAUCGAGGCUUGGCUAGCGAUUCAUCGUCAACAGCACCGAUCAACGACCGAAACGAUCAGACCGACGACCUGAACUUUGCAUCAUCACACAACGCAGCUAUUGGAGGAGAUCAUACCGCAGGCUUGGGAGAACCGGACGUGUGUACCGACCCGCCAAAGCUCCCACCACCACCAAACCUGCGGCGUAUGCUGUUAUUGAACGGUUACCCGAUCGGCUAUCUCAUUCUCUGGACACCUGGGAUUGUGAAUCGAUUGAUUGAGAUACAGGGCGGCACUUCGCCAAAUUGGCUCAUUGGUCUGCUAGCGUCUUCACAGUAUAUUGGCUUAGUACACGCUGUCACGUAUGGCUACAACGAGCAGAUCGGGCGUACUAUCCGAUCUUGGACCAAUUUCCGGCGGAAAACCCAUAGGCUCGGAGAAUAG